GUUUUUUCGAUCGGCAGCGUUUGGAGAAGGCACUUUUGCCAUUUAGCGUUUCAGCGUUGGUUUCGACCUUUCAUCAAUCUUUUAUUAAACAAGUGAUAUUAAGUGAUACCAAGACGUGAUAAAUCGAACGCAAUUGUGGUUGUUCUGAUCAUCUUGUUUUAAUGGUUAACUGUACUCAGAGGGAACAACGGAAUCAGAUAAUUCUCCAUAGUGGCACGGAAUUCCGCGAAGUAGCGAUCUCAGACGAUCGUGAAGGAAGUGAAACGGUUUAGCACUAGUUACUAGAGCAAACAUGAAUUGAUGUGAAUGUGAAGUCAGCGCAAAGGCAGCAGUGUGGUGAAGAAAACAGCAUAAAGCAAGAAAUGCGUGAGUGGGAGAAAAUUUGCACCGAAUUUACGGAUCUUUAGCUCGAAGUUAGUGUGUGCUUUUUGCAACGUAUACUUUUUAUACUUGUUUGCAGAGCAGUAGUAAUGUGGAAAGUUUAAUCAUCUCGUCAUCAAUUCAUUAGCACCGCUGAAAUGUUGAAGGAAAAAUUGGAAGUUAGUCGCGUGAAUUGAUAUGGCUUGAAAGCGAUAAGUGCGUCUUUAGGUGGCUAUACGAGCUUGGUUUGUAUGUGCGUGUGGGAUAGUGAACAAUACUGCAAAAUGUGCCAUGCUUGCUUAAAGGAAAAGUAAAAUAUUGAAUAGGUGAUUCAGUACUAUCAACGUACAAGUUUACAACAAUAUAUCCAUGCUGAUGUAUCUUAAAUCUCAUUCUCUCUAAACACGGAUGUGCAAGUAGAGAUUGUUAGCGCAACUGUGCUAAAAACAAAAGUUAAAUCGCAUAACAAUAGGACGCCUUAAAGUUAUUUGGCCUCUUGAAAUCAUUGGAGACGUUAUAAUAACAGCAAUAAAGAAGAAACGGAUCAAAUGUUCUAAAAUUGGAAAACACAACAUGAAAUCAACACGAGCCAAACAAACGAUGGAUUUUCACUGGAUCCUAACAGCUACAUUGGUGAUUGGUUUGGCGAUGGCAAAUAAAACAAUGGACACGCGAGAAGGCGAAGAUGUUACGCUCAAGUGUCGCUUCAAUGAACAUUUCUCGGAUCGUGAAUAUUCGUACUACUGGGCACAACAGUCUCCUAAUAAGUAUGAUAAUGUCGCAAUAAAGAGUGAUACCUUCAACCCAAACUACAAAAUCGAUUACCGUCCCAAUCAAGGCAUCUACGAUCUUCAAAUUUUUAAUGUGUCUUAUGUACGCGAUAAUGGGCGUUUUGAGUGUCGUAUCAAACAAAUCGGCAGUGAUAAUACUAUUUACGAAGACUAUUAUAACCUAACAGUUCUGACACCUCCUCAGCCUCCCUUAAUCUUUCCGGGUAGUGAAACUACUGCUACAGAGGACAAAAAGCUAGAGCUCACUUGCAGCAGUGUCGGUGGAUCACCCGAUCCAACAAUUUCUUGGCAUCGCGAAGCAAGUACAACACCUUUGAUGGCCAAUCAGCUCUAUGGUGGAUCACGGGACAUGCAGACAACUAGCACCCUGACGAUUAUUCCACGCCGCGAAGACGAUGGGGCGACCUUCACCUGUGUCGUAUGGAAUCGAGCGCUACCGGAAGGACAACGAUUGGAAACAGUCACGACAUUAUCAGUAAAUUAUUAUCCACGAGUAGAGAUUGGCCCUGAAAAUCCACUAAGUGUAGAACGAGAUCAAACGGCAAAACUUGAGUGCAAUAUCGAUGCCAAACCCAAGCCCGAAACAGUCAAGUGGACACGGAAUGGACGUUUCAUCUCAUCACAUCCUACCCAUACGAUCCACCGGGUGUCACUGCAAGAUGCAGGUCGCUACACUUGUUCGGCCGAUAAUGGGUUGGGUAAGAUAGGCGAGCAGGAAAUUACACUGAAUGUGUUGUAUUCACCAAUCGUACAAAUUGAAACAAAGGCCAAGACUGCCGAAGAGAAGGAAACGGUGCAUAUUAAAUGUAACGUUACAUCAAAUCCGCCGCCAGUGACGAUCGAGUGGCUAAAGGAAGGAGACAUUGAUUUCAGGCGUAGCGGAGAUACCCUGGUAUUGCGCGAUGUGCGAGCAGAGAAUGCUGGAACAUAUGUUUGCCGGGGUAUCAACAUGAUGAAACCGUAUGGUGGCAAAACCCUCGAGCGUGAAGGUAAUGCAUCGGUUGUACUCCUGGUACGUCAUCGUCCUGGGCGAGCUAAAAUUACGCCAGAAAAUCCUGUUGUACACGUCGGCAAUAGUGUCAGCUUGAUGUGUAAAGCAGAUCCCCCAGGCUAUCCCGAUCCUCAGUACCGUUGGUAUCGCGAUGUAGGUGGUGAGAUCUCUACUACCGUUAUAGCGCAGGGGGCUCAGUAUCUGAUACCGAAGGCAGGGCUAUCCAGUGAGGGCAAGUAUCAUUGUCAUGCUAGCAAUGAACUCGGCAAUGGUGACAUGGCAAGUGCGACACUUGAGAUCCAUCAACCACCGCAGUUUCUAGCCAAGCUUCAAUCGAACAUGAUAAAACGCGCGGGGGAAACUGAUUUUUUCGUGACGUGCAGUGCAAAGGGAAAGCCUGAACCUACAAUCACCUGGUUUAAAGACGAUGUGGAACUCACUCCCGAGCUGCUCCGUUACGAGGUAAAAACAAACGUCGAUCGCGGACCGAAUGGCAUGAUAACAGUUCAGAGUAUGCUUAAAUUUGCUGGAAAAGCACGUCCGAAUGGAAACGAUCUGACAUCAACUGAUCGUGGGCAAUAUACAUGUCUGUACGAAAAUGAGGUCAAUAAGGCAAAUUCAACUAUGCAACUUAAGAUUGAACACGAGCCGAUAGUGCUACAUCAGUACAACAAAGUUGCAAACGAUAUCAAGGAGACCGCAGAGGUGCUUUGUAAAGUGCAAUCAUAUCCGAAACCGGAAUUCCUGUGGCAGUUUGGUACGAAUUUACUAAGCGCUGGUGGAAGUGGGCAUUAUGAGAUCGUUACCACUGCUGACGGCAAUGAUAUAUACACAAGUGUAUUGAAAAUUGGGAAUGUACGUCAUCAGGACUACGGCGAGUACCAUUGCCGAGUGUCAAACCCUCUCAAUACCAUCCAGGUGCCGAUUCGCUUACAACCCAAGGGACCACCAGAGAAACCGACAACGUUGAAAGCAGUCGAGCUAGGAUCAAACUUUGUCAUCUUGUCCUGGAGUCCUGGAUUUGAUGGAGGUCUAGCCAAUACAAAGUACUUCGUUUCUUACCGUAAAAUUGUCAUUCCGAACGAAAGCCUAGUGACAGAAGAAUGUGCGGCUGUAGCGGCUAGUGGUGCCGAAUGGAUGGAGUUUGAUUGUCAAAGGGAGAUUCCGUGCACUAUCAAUCCACUGGAUCGCCAUCAAAGCUACAUUUUCAAGGUCAAGGCGCUCAACACGAAAGGAGUUUCCGAACACUCCAACGAGGUGACAGCAACAACUAAAGUGGAAAACGUUCCGAUUCCACUGAACGCAGCUUUUGAUCCAGAAACUAAGGUACUAACAUUAAAAAUCGCAGCCACAUGCCUGUCAAUGGUGGCUAUAGUUGAAUCGGUAUUGUACGGAGAUACACCAAUGGCUGCAUGGCAUAUCAUCGAGAAGAUCGAUCUGUUGGUGGACGGGCAUGAGCCAACUUAUCGCGAGACCGAAAUAAAACACUUUGUGGCUAAUCGGCGUAGUAAUGGACGCUCGCUAGGUAUUAACUCCCUUGAAGACAUUCCGUUACCAAUUGAAGAUGAAUUAAACCCACGUGUGCGAGUCAAGCUGUGCCUAAAAAUCAACCAUGAAUAUUGUGGUGACUACCUUGAAGCAGACAUUGGACCAUCACUUGUUCAAGAAGCAUCAUUUGUAGAGGUGCCAACACUAAUAGCUAUAAUUGUCACAUCUAUUGUUGCUGGUUUGUGUGCGAUUUUGUUGGUAAUGUUCUGCCGCUGCAAACGGCGUAACCAAAUGAAAGAGUCGAGCGUCAAAUCGAAGGAAUACGACAUCGAUUCGAUACAUCCGUCGAUUGUAGCCCAACAAAACCAGGCGCCUCCUCCUUAUUACUCAGCUAGUAGUUUAGAAAAUAAGGCUCUGGAACACUCUAUGGACCUAGCUAUGGAUUCUAACACGGCGCUAUACGCCAGUCAACAGACAUACGGAUAUCAUCAGCAAAAUGCAAUAGUACCUCAAAUGCCACAAAAUGAUUGGUCUAACAUGGGCUACGUCGAAAACUCUUAUUCAAACUCUAACAAUGGUGGUAGCGUCAACUCUCAAGACUCAAUCUGGCAGUUAAAAAUGUCAGCGGCUGCUUCCAAUUCGGCCAACCUUAUUCCGCAACACAACUAUUUGGAGCAGCAGAUACAACCGAAUUAUGGGUACGAUCCAAUGACGCAUGGUGGAUACGGUGCUGUUGACGAUUAUGCCCCUUAUCCGCACAUGAUGACCGCAACUGGCAACAGCAGUCAACAUGGUGGUGACGACUAUCAUCACAAUCUUCGGAAUAGUCAAAACCCGUCCCGUCAAGAUUAUUGCAGCGAUCCGUAUGCUUCGGUUCAUAAGCCGAAAAAACGCUUAGAUCAACAUAUGGAUUUUGUUGCCGAAUCUCCUUAUCAUGAUGUGAGUGGGCUGCCGGAUCCAUAUAUGGAACAGGACGAAGCUAAAUCCCCCGUUCAGAAUCAGCAUUUGUCUUUGAGCUACGAUGAUGCGCUUGCUAUGGAGAGCGGUUACUCUACACCUAAUUCACGCAACCGGCGCGUUAUACACGAGAUCGUUGUGUAGAGGUUAUUAUGAUACACAAUACAUCAGAGUGUAUUUUAUGAAAUGAGCCACGACCACGAAAUUUUUCAUCGAAAAUCGAUGAAAAGUAACAACUUGCAACGAAACCGACAUCGAAUAUACUAAUCGUAUGGCAAAUACCGAUCUAACACUACGAGGAAAUAGGGGAACCAGAAACAACACACAGUCCUCGUAUUGGACCUUUUAUAUUAAAUUGCUAACUUUCAAUUGCCACUGUCACACAAUCUGGUACCUAGCCAUAUUUUGCAAGGGAUGAAGGGAGAUGAAGGAUGAUCUCAUAACCCAAAUCCUUUCUACAAGUGGCAGGCAGAAUGUCCAUCAAUGAGUGUAACGACUGUAAACUGUGAUUGUACAUAUAGAGUUCAUACUAAUGAAAACAGGAAACAGCAAAAAAUAGAUAAAAUUGUCCGAGCUUUGCGAGGAACUGAUAAAAUUGCCCAACUGGUAUCGUCCAAUUUGAAGUAAGAUACUUAAAGAUAAGUUAAACGCAACGAACGAGCUCAAUGGUACUAAGUUUCCGAAGGUACAGCAAAAUAACUGAACCGAAUCUUAAAUAUUGAAAUGAAUAGAGAAUGAAGUGCUGAAUGUGCCAUUAGCAUGUAGUACAGAGCUUGUAAGGUCAAGAACGAAUGCAAUUAAAUCCUGCCAAUAGUUUUUGUGAGACUCGGUUCGAUUUGAUGUCACAUUACAUCCCGCAAACCACUGUAGAAAGAAGCGAUUGUUUAACAUAAACAGAAACUAUUUGCAUUCUCAAUUGCAAAUAUUAUAGGAGGCAUUGGAAUGGCUCUACUUUUCUUCGCAUUAUCCAGUAUUGCAAUUUCGAGCCGGUGUGUUAAAGAGUUCGUGUCUAGCAGUGCCAUGUUUCGUUUUGUGCCAAUCCUCCUCUUAUUUACAGCACAAGAGACAAAAACACAUUCCCAAUCGACUCAUGAGAGGAUCAAAUCUCACAGGAGAGUUCAAAUGAAUUAAAAUUAUCUCGAACAUCUUUGUUCCUUUCCGAAACAUAUGUAUGAGGCAAUGCAGCUACGUAUAGUAUCAGUUUUUCACAAUGCCGUGAAGUAUUGUUUACGUAUAUAUGAAAAUGGUUCUCUUUUGAAAUCCAGCUUCAUGAUAUUGAUAUAUACAGAAGAGAUAAAAGCUUAUCACAAUAAGUAUAUUGUUUAUUACGUAAAAGUCUUAAUGUACAUAGUGUUAUUUGACCUUAACGACGAAUGCCUUUUGGUUUUGAAAAGAAAACACAAAAUAACUUUUAGAUUGUAUUGCUAUGUGAGAUUCUUUAAUAUUAAGGGAAUUAUUAUUAUUGUAGUAUUAUUUUCGGCACAGUUGCCGUGGAGAAAACAAGGAUAUAAAAUUAGUAAGCAGAAAGCAGAAAUUGAAACUAUAUUCUAGAAUAAUCGUAUACUAUCAUAUAAACGUUUUUAAUUUAAGUAAAUUUGGUCUGAAUAUUGAUCAUUAGGCAUUGUAAAACUACGGAACGCUCGUAUAUUGUGGCAGUGUAAUUUUUACUUUCCUCUGCUCUCUCUCUCUCUCUCUCUCUCUCUCUCUCUCUCUCUCUCUCUCUCUCUCUCUCUCUCUCUCUCUCUCUCUCUCUCUCUCUCUCUCUCUCUCUCUCUUCUCUCUCUCUCUCUCUCUCUCUUUCUCUCUAUCUCUCUUUCUCUCUCAUAUGAUUUUAUCUGGUCAAAUGUAUGGACAGCACUCGUGUUUGUUUCAGAUUAUCGGACGAAUCGUGAAUGUAACAAAUUGGAACAGAAAAUAAUUUUUCCAUAUCUAUUUUUGCUCAGUACGGUAGUAACACUACAUACACGGCAUGUAAAAUGGCAAGCAUAAUGAAUGAGGGACAUGAAGGAAACGAGCGAAAUGCCAUUUCUCACAUUCUGGAACUCCAUAUAAUCGCUUAGUGUGAACGGUAAAACGACGCAGAAUCUGGUCCAGAUAAUCUCAUACAUGACAUGUGACAUUCAGUUACACGUUUUGAUAAAGUUAAAAAGAAAUCGAACAACAUCGUGGAAUAAAAAGAUGUAAUGAAGAGUGUUGUAUGCAUUAUGAUUACAAAUAGUUUUGGUUGUAUUUUGCACACUUUUUCCGUCCACCGAAACAGGAAGAUGUAAAUAACGACUGAGUAAUGAUUUUAGUGUCGUCUGGGCAAGAAAAUCUCUAUUUACCUUUUCCUUAAUAUUUCUAGCUGCAACAUUCUAAAUAGUUCUACAUUUUAAAAGGUUAUGUUAAUUAUUAUUAUAAGAUAAUUACAGUUAAUUAUCAUAAGGCUACUUUCUGGCGAAAAAUAAAUUUUUUUCUA